AUGCAGAGCUAUCGAGGCUUUACGUGUCUUAUACAGAUAGCGACUCGUAAGAAGGACUAUAUAGUAGACGUCUUGGCCCCGGGUAUAAUGAUGAAGAUGCACGACUUCAAUAGAAUAACGAGCGACCCGGGCAUUGUUAAGGUUCUGCAUGGAGCAGACAUGGAUGUUCAGUGGCUACAAAGGGACCUCUCUGCAUAUCUUUGUAACAUGUUCGAUACUGGUCAGGCCGCUCGAGUGCUUGAACUCGGUGGAGGGUAUAGUUUGAAGAACCUGUUAGACUUCUAUUGUGGGUAUAAAGCGGAUAAGGCGAACCAACUGGCUGACUGGCGACAACGGCCUUUGUCGGAAAGAAUGAAGCAAUAUGCGAGGGACGACGUACACUAUCUACUAUACAUAUACGACCGUAUGCGGGCACAGCUACUGUGCUCAGGAGGAGGAGUUGAUGAUGGUAAAGUGACGGCAUAUGGGAGGAAAAUGUAUAAGAGCACUAUUAAUAGGAGUUGCGAUGUAGCUUUGAAAACGUAUAAAGAUGCGGACUCGGACUUUAUGGAGCAUGCAAUAACAUUAUCGUGUAAAACUAAUACUCCUCUGUCAUUGGUGGGCCGUCCUAUGUUGGCCGCGCUUAUGCAUUGGCGGGAUAAACUUGGACGCCAGAGAGAUGUGUUCCCUAACUCUAUUCUUACUGAUCGUUUGGCGUUAAGGAUUGCUAUGGAUGAACCAGUGACUCGAGAGCAGCUCCUACGAGCACUGGGGGGCGGGUCCGGAGGAGUGGCGAGGCAAGUUCGCGACAGGGCGGACGAGGUGUUGGCUGUGCUGCAGUAUGCAGCGACGCAUCCAAAGUCGCCAAUACGAGAUGCAGAGGAUGCCCAGUUGGAGUCGUUGGAGCCUUCCUCUGCCACUCCCCCGCCGCCGUCUACACCGGAGACGAAGCGAUGGAAGGGUCGAGGCUCGGGCACGCCCUUGGGUGGUAGUCGCCGUAAGGACCGACGUAAUAUUCGUGAUGAAGCUGUAGUGUUGGACACCAGUGAAAUAGAGGUGCUGGGAUGCCAGUAG